CUUUCGGAGCUCACAGUGAGUGUGGAAACUGGGUAAGGAGGGCAGUGAAGAGCGGUGGAAAGGCGGACUGAUGACAGCUGUCAGUGUGGACAAAAACACCACCAAUCUCUGAAGAGAAGCCGAAUGGCGCUGCCCUGAAGCUCCAGGAGAACAGGGACAGGACCUUGGCAGCGUCGCGAAGAUUCCUAAAAAAAAUCCUGUGAAUAUUUUGACCGUGUGCAACGUUGGUGGAGCUACAACUGCAGCGGAAACAUGGGGACACAAGGCUCUGGUAGAAAGCGUGCCCCUCUUAAAGAUCGAUUCUCAGCAGAAGAUGAGGCUUUGAGUAGCAUUGCUCGGGAGGCGGAGGCGAGGCUGGCAGCCAAGAGGGCAGCCCGAGCAGAGGCCAGAGAUAUUCGAAUGAGGGAACUGGAACGUCAGCAGAAAGAGCUGGAUGAAAAAUGUGACAAGCAGUACUCAGAUUACAGUCGGCCAUCUUCCCGCUGUGCCACCCCGGGCCUCUCAGCGGCCACCUUGGCAUCACUGGGUGGCACCUCGUCACGGCGAGGUAGCACAGACACUGGUAGCAUCUACGAACCCGACACCAGUCUGAGUGAACUUAGGGAUAUCUAUGAACUAAAGGACCAGAUUCAGGAUGUAGAAGGGCGGUACAUGCAAGGGCUUAAAGAGCUGAAGGAGUCGCUAACGGAGGUGGAGGAGAAGUAUAAGAAAGCCAUGGUAUCGAACGCACAGCUGGACAACGACAAAGCCAACCUCAUCUAUCAAGUGGACACGCUCAAGGACGUCAUAGAGGAGAUGGAGGAACAAAUGGCAGAGAUGAAGAGGGAGCUGGAAGAAAAGUCAAAGGAACUAGAAAGACAAAAACACACAUGUACGGUUCUGCAGCAUAAACAAGAAGAACUGAAAGAGGGAAUCCGCCAGAGAGAUGAGCUUAUAGAGGAGAGCCAGCGAAUGCAGACUAAGUUAGAUGCCCUCACCAGAGAGGUGUUUGACCUGCAGGAAACGAUAAACUGGAAGGACAAAAAGAUUGGGGCCCUAGAGAGGCAGAAAGAGUACUUUGAUUGCAUUAGGAAUGAGAGAGAUGAGCUCAGAGAUGAGCUCGCUGACAUCAAGGGGAAGUCCAAAGCAGGAGAGAAACAUGGGCUGGUCAUCAUCCCAGACGGCACACCAAACGGAGACGUCAGCCAUGAGCCUCUGUCCUCAGGGAUCACGCUGGUCUCCCAAGAGGCCGCCCAGGUGCUGGAGUCUGCAGGAGAGGGUCCGCUGGAUGUCAGGCUACGGAAGUUGGCGGAGGAGAAGGACGAGCUGUUGGCUCAGAUCAGGAAGCUGAAGAACCAGCUGGAGGAGGAGAGACAGAAACACUCAAAGGUGGACAGUGCUUACACCGACGGGGAGAGGAUGGAGAACGGUACAGAUCUACACUUUAUUGAGAUGCAGAGAGAUGCUAACAGACAGAUUAGUGAAUACAAAUUCAAGCUUUCUAAAGCAGAACAGGAAAUGGGUACGAUGGAACAAAAUAUUAACAGACUUGAAGGGCAAGUGUCCAGGUACAAGGCAUCAGCAGAUAACUCGGAGAAAGUAGAAGACGAACUGAAAGCAGAAAAGCGGAAACUGCAAAGAGAGCUGCGCACGGCUCUAGAUAAGAUCGAGGAGAUGGAGAUGACCAACAACCACCUAGUAAAGCGCCUUGAGAAGAUGAAGGCCAACAGGAACGCUCUUCUGUCACAGCAGUGAGGCAAGGCAGCGUCACCACAGAAGCCCUUAAACUCGCACCUCAGACCUCUGACUGCCAUACUGCAUCUGGAGCACAUUUCCAUUUCCCGCUGUAACACUUUAAGAUUUGUAGCUAACCAAAAACACUUAAAAACUUGUAGCACAGGCGAAAAACGGAACUGUGUCCUGUUUUUUUUUUUUUCUUUUUUUUUCUUUUUUUUUUCUUUCUUUUUUUUAAACCGGAAGCAUUAGUAUUGUCUGACAAGCCGCCGUUGGUUUUGGAGGAAUGACUCAGAAUCCUGAAUAAUAAAACUCUAAAAGUUGCUGGGAGAUCCAUCUGAGGACAUUUCUCUAGUCACUACUUCAUUUUUCAGAGCUUUCUACUACAUCAUGUUGUUCUCAAGGUUUAAUUUCCCCCUGCCUGGGUGCUUGGCUGUACUUUUUGUGUAUUUGUUUUCUUGUUUUUUGUUGUUGUUGUUUUUUUUUGAUAAGUUGCAUGAAUGCGAAUAAUGAUGCUUUUAAAAGAUUCAACCCUCGCGGCUGCUCGGGCCCCGCACCUUCCCAGCUUCCCCUCACACAGUGAAGUGCCUUUUCACACUAGGAGACUGGGGGUCUGCACCGCUCAAUGAAACAAUAAUUGUUUUAACAGGUACGGUAUGAUGUAUUUAAAAAGGAAAAAGGUGCAGUCAUUAUUUGAAAAUAUAUAGAACCAACUUUGUCUGCUGCAGUUUCAUUGAAAUUUUUUCAAAUAUUUAAAAGAUUUCUUGAAAAUAAAUGUGUAAUUUACAGAAA